AUGCAUUUGAACAUAGGAGCAACGUUCAAUGUUUUAGUCAUAUUUAUAAGUGCAAGGAAUUUAGGUUGUGUUGACUGCUGUGAUGUUUUUGAACCUCCACAAAAUGCUACAGUUUCGUUUAAAAAUUCUACGACAACAAUUCUACAAUGUUUUACGGGAUAUCAAUUAAAAGAAGGAGACUUAAUUCACGGAUGUACGAAAGGAAAAUGGGUUGGGGAAACCCUGGUUUGCUCACCGAUAGAAUGCAGCGCUCCAGACCUAGAUGACAGUUUUAACAACUAUACCGGAAUAAAUGCUUACGACAGCGUGUUUUACUUUGCAUGUAAAUCUGGUUUCAAGAUCAGAUUUGGAGACGUACCCUAUACAACUCUGAGAUGUAACGAAAGUGGACUAUGGGCAGCGCACGUGCAUGAACUAUUUGACUUCAAAUGUUACGGUGAAGAAAGUUAUGCUGGAUGUUACAACACACAAUUAAGCAACUAUCAACUAACAACUGCAGGGUCAAAUAUUGAAGCAUGUAGGUUCAGUUGCCAAAACAUUAGUUCAAAGUAUGCGGUUAUGUCGGGUUCAUCCUGCUACUGUGGAAAUAUGUUGAAUGUGUCAGCAUCAAUUAACAAUGAUAUCUGUAGGGCUCCAUGCAAUGGUUUAAUGGCAAAUGGGUUUUGUGGAGGCACAAAUGGAAGUCAAAGUAUUUACUUUGUUUGGAGUAAGUAA